CUCUUAGGCGGCUGUGGGACUCUCUCUCCCUCUCUGUCUCUCUCUCAAACACCAUCCCAUCACUGCCAUUUGACAAUUUCUUCAUUUUAUAAUGCAUUGGAGAAGUAGUUUUCCACCCUUCAUUCCUCACCUACAUUUGCAUCUCUCUCGCGGAUGUGUCUUUUCGCUGCUCUGCUCUGACUACAUUUACUGAAGCUGCUCCCUCAAAACCGAAUGUUUGCAAUGGAGGGGAAGAGCGGUGGGAUUUAAAUGAAGCUGCUUUGAUAUAGGAGGGAGAAAAAGAGAGGUUGUAGUACGCAUUUCUACACUACUGCUGUUGCCAUGGAAAGGCUCCAAGGACCCGUCAACCCCCGCUUCCUUGGAGAGCAUUUAAAUGUGGAGUGCUUGGACCAAAGCAAUGCAUUGGAUUUUAGCUAUGGGCCAUUUCUCAAUACAGAUAGCUUGAGAUUUGGGGCACCUUUCUCGAACCCCAGCUUCGACGAUAAAAUUCCAUUUCUCCAAAUGCUAGAAGGUGUUGAAUCCCCAUCCGUUUCACCAUUACCAGAAUCAAACUUUCAGCUUCUUCUAAGAUUGCAGCAGCAAAAGAAUCCUUGGAAGAAGACCCACGUCCCUGAAACCGACUCUAGAAUCCUGCCAUUAGAGCUCGAAAGCUGCAUAACCCAUGUAUCAGAAUCGCAUUCCCCUGUUAAAUCCGAAGCCAAGGAGCACCAAUAUCCCCACUCCUCUUCAUGUCUAGAAGCCGUAAGCUGCUGCCGAGAACCCAUUUCUCCAGAAAAUUGCAAGGAUGUCGGAAAUUCCAGUCCAUCUUCCUUCUGGGUUUCAGAACAAACAACACCCCCAUUUCUGAAAGCACCCCCAAUUCGAGAGAAGAGAAAAAGGAAGAGAGCAAAGCCGUGCAAGAACCAUGAAGAGGUUGAGAGCCAACGGAUGACCCACAUUGUCGUGGAACGCAAUCGGCGGAAGCAGAUGAAUGAUCAUCUAAACGCCCUUCGGUCUCUCAUGCCAUCUUCCUUCAUUCAGAGAGGAGACCAAGCUUCGAUAGUUGGAGGUGCCAUAGAUUUCGUGAAGGAGUUAGAACAGCUCUUACAAUCGCUUCAUGCACAGAAGCAAAGGCGACAAACAGAGAAAGAAGGAUAUGGAGCCCAUGCUUUGAUACCUUUCAAUGACUUCUUCGUAUCGCCACAAUACACGGCCUACUCCCAACAGCCACACUCCAAAUACACCGUUGAUACCCACAUUGAUGAUGAAGGCCAGCAUGUCGAAUUCGCCAUCAAGAACGCAGCUGCAGUGGCCGAUAUUGAGGUGACGGUCGUCCAAAUGCACGUAAAUCUCAAGAUCUUGUCGCCGAGGAAGCCAGAGCAGCUUCUCAAGGCCAUUGCCGCUCUGGAAGAUCUCUCCUUAGCUAUAUUACACCUCAAUGUAACUUCUUCAGAACACUCAGUUCUCUACUCCUUUAAUCUCAAGAUAGAAGAGGGGUGUAAGCUUGGGUCAGCUGACGAGAUUGCAGCAGCCGUCUAUCGGAUUUUUCGCUUCAUUAACGGCGGAUGAGAGAGUUGUUCAUGUAUUUUUGCUCUUCUUCCCUCAUCUUUGCAUAGAAAAACGAUGUGCGAAAUCCAAGCCGCUCAGCAGGUGGGUCUCUCCAUUUAGAUUGCCAAUGCCAAAAAUCACGCUGGUCCGGAUAUCUGGUGGUCCACACAAGUACCUUGAAUCUGGACCGUACUUGUGCAAGUACGUUGUAGGCCCACCCGAGCGGCGCAGAUCCCAAGUGCGGAAUGGAGUGCUGUUUUGCAUGCACGGUGAGUGGUCCACAAACACACGGAAGGAUGUCCGGUCCGUUGCAUGUGUACAUGUUUUAGUUGUCCCGAUGAGCAGGACAUGAGCUGUAGUUGAGCAGCACAGACAUGAGAUUUUGAGAGUAUUCAUUCGAACAAUUUUCUAUUUUA